GGCGCGGCGGCUCCGGGCGGCGCUGCCCGGCGCCGGGGAUGCACCCGAACGCCACGGCCCCGGCCGUGCCCCUGCACCCGCACCCCAGCGCCUACGCCAACGCCUCCAACCGCUCCGACCUGCUCCCCAAAGUGCCCGACGAGGAGGACCUGGACGUCAACACCGACAUCUACUCCAAAGUGAUGGUGACCGUCAUCUACUCGGCUCUUUUCUUGGUGGGCACGGUGGGCAACUCCAUCACGGCGUACACGCUGGUGCGGAAGAAGUCGCUGCAGAACCUGCAGAGCACCGUGCACUACCACCUGGCCAGCCUCGCCUUCUCCGACCUCCUCAUCUUCCUCCUCUGCAUGCCCAUCGAGCUCUACAACUUCAUCUGGGUCCAUCACCCCUGGGCUUUCGGGGGGGCCGUUUGCAAGGGCUACUACUUCCUCCGGGACGCCUGCACCUAUGCCACGGCACUCAACAUCGCCAGCCUCAGCGUGGAGCGCUACAUGGCCAUCUGCCACCCCUUCAAAGCCAAGAGCAUCAUGUCCCGCAGCCGCACCAAGAAGUUCAUCAGCUGCAUCUGGAUCGCCUCCUUCCUGCUCGCCAUCCCCAUGAUCUUCACCAUGGGGCAGAUCUACGGCAAGGACCAGGAUCCCGACUCGCUCAUCUGCACCGCCAUCGUGGACACCUCCACGCUCAAGACGGUCAUCCAGGUCAACACCUUCAUCUCCUUCGUGUUCCCCAUGGUGGUCAUCUCGGUGCUCAACACCGUCAUCGCCAACCAGCUGCUGGUGAUGUUCAGGCAGGCGGCCCAGGAGAACCAGGUGUGCACCAUCGGCGGCCAGCAGACCAUGCUCAGCAUGUCCAUGGAGCCCAGCAGGGUGCAAGCCCUGAAGCACGGCGUCAGGGUGCUGCGUGCUGUGGUGAUUGCCUUCGUGGUGUGCUGGCUCCCUUACCACGUACGGCGCCUCAUGUUCUGCUACGUCCCCUCCAGCCACUGGACAGAUUUCCUUUACAACUUCUACCACUACUUCUACAUGCUGACAAACGUCCUCUUCUACGUCAGCUCAGCAAUCAACCCCAUCCUCUACAACCUGGUGUCGGCAAACUUCCGCCAGAUCUUCCUCUCCACGCUCACCAUCCUGUGCCUGCCGUGGAGGAAGAAGAAGAAACGCCUGGCCUUCACCAGGAAAUCCAACAGCAUCUCCAGCAACCACACAUUUUCCAGCCAGGUCACAAGGGAAACUACAUACUGAAGCCAAAGGUGGAGGAGGAACGCGAUUCAAAACUUGAGAGAGGCCUCUGUGACUUUCAUGCAUGGUCUCCAAAUUCACACAACACAAAUGUGUUCAGCAAAGUCAUUUUUGUUGGAAAAAAUAGGCUUUGUUCUGCCAGUAACUUUGAGGUUAUUUUCGAGCAUUGGCCUUGCCUCUUGUGAGUAAUGUCUACAUGUAUUGUAACUUCAGUCUGGCAUAAAUCCAGGUGUGGUGUUAACUGGGAAGCCAAAAUGUGCUCAACUUAGGCAAAGCUGUUCUGCAUUUCAUCCUCUUCUCAGUGCAGAGAUGCCGUGUUCACAUCCAAGGGUUUGAGAUCCUGGUGGCACCCAGCAGAGUUUGAUGAGGAGAAAGAAGCUUUGAACAGAAAGGGAAGUUCUUGGAGAAUGGAAUGCUCAUCUGUGGGAUGCUCCAUGAACGAGGAGUGAGAACUCAGGGAGCCAGGUGGUUAUUUUAGAAAUAAAUCUCCAUUGGGACUAACAUGACCGAGGUGCUCAAGAGAGCCACUCUGGCUCCUUGAAAUUAAAUAAGAACAGAUGAUGCCUUACCUAGGCUGGGGUGGCUGUGGCCUGGGCAGGGGGUCACCUUUGGCUUUAGGGCAUGCACAGUGCCUGGCUUUGGUACCACUGCCCUGAUAACAGAGUCUCUGGCAAAGUCAAGAAUGCAGAGGCUGUGCCCAGAUGGAGUGCUGAAAAUGAAUAGAGAUGGAAAAUCUUCCUUUUGCCAUACAGCCAAAUCCUAUUUUUUACCAUGGAGAACAGUUUGCUGGCCUGCAUCAAGAGAUGAGAAAACUCUGAGCUUAUGAGGGCUCCAGCUGCUGAGAUAAGAGCAAUCUGCCCCAGUUCUGUGGGACCUUCAGAUUUUUCCCAUUCUUAUUCCAGUUUUACUUGUUUCCUCACCAUUUCCACAAGGCUGACAUCUCAGUAGCAGGUCCUCUUGUUCUACUUUUUCUUUUAUUACUUUUUGCUACCAGAACUGUCGGCACACUUAUCUGCACCCCCAAUAUUCAGAUAGUUCAAAUGCAGAGCAUAAGGAAGUCUAAACUGGGGAGUCUUCACUCUAAACCCACUUUCUUUUAACAAGCCAGAGGAACAGAAAUAAGAUCUGAGAAUUCUCUUUGAAAUUUCCCAGCUGGUAAGGAGAGGUAGCAUGAGCUUUUCUGCCAUUUGGUUCCACCUCUAACAGCUCCUUAUAUGAUACAGGAAAUUGCUCCAGAGUCUUUAGUAGUGAAACAACAGGGCUCAGGGACAAGCUAAAGGGCUUUUUCCCAGAUGGUGACCUGAACAAACCUGGAAGUGACCAAUCACCCUGAGCAGCCUUUGCUGGGGGUGACCUGGUGUCAUCAGGAGAGCAGGACUUGCCUCUGGAAGGUGACAAAGUAGAAGAGUGGGCUCAGUUUGGCUUCCUGAGCCCCUGUGGUCCCUAAGUGAAGCCACAGUGCUGGAGGUGUGGAUUGGCCCAAGUGAGGGUCACACAGUGAUGGAACCAGUGACUGAACCACUGGUGACACCCCCUGCUACAGAUGGUGCAUCACAGAAUCCCAGAACAGGUCAGGUUGGAAGGAACACACAGGAAUCAUCAAGUCCAGCUCCCCAGACUCGUGGUUUAGGUCCUGUUGGGCUCAGCACUAGAGGAAAUAACAAAUAACAUUUGGGGGCAUUUGCUGUGAGCUGUUGGUGAUGAGUGAUACUUUUGGGGCAUUUAUAACCUGAACUCAGCCCAUCAGCCACACCUGCCAGGCAUGGGAGGUGAUUUUAAUGCCUAGUACAGAACCCCUGCAAAAGAAAGGGCUCAAAAUAAAAGUCAGUGGGGCUUUAGUUUCUUCUGAUCCAGCCAAGCUUCUGCCAUGCCUUCUUGUGUUCCUUGCCCUGCUUGUCCCAAGCACAGGGCAGAGAUUCUAUUUGACCAAGCACUUCUGUUGCUCAUGGACUCUUGACUCCUCUUUGACAAAGAAAACAGAUAGUGGCACACAAAUAAAUAAAUUGAAACAAAAGGGCAAAGGGAGACUGAUCUCUUCAGAAGGAAAUCUGUGAGAAACCAGCAAGUAUUUUCUGUGUAUGGUGUGUGUGGAAUGGCUUGGGCAGGUUGGAGGAAGAACACCUGCUCAUCCUGCCUAGUGGGAAAAUCCAGGUACCAUCAACAGGAGAGGGGAAAGAUCUGCCUUGAGAGGAAGAGGAGUCUUGAUAUCACACAUUUAACAUUGGCCUUCCACGCAAGACACUUCAAAAGUUUCUGGAUGACCCAAAUUUUUUUAUUUCACCUCUAAAUAGCAGCUGGGAGGAGCUUUCUGAAAACUCCCAGGGAAGCUGUAACUGCAUUGUUUGACUUUCAUUACAAUUUAACACCCUGCAUGUCUUAUUUGCUUUUGAAAUAUUAAACAUUAUUACUACACUUGUUCAGCACCAACCUGCUUAAACAUGCUUGAUUAUCUUAGCAAACACUGUACAAAAAUUGUUGUUUCACAUAAGAAGCUUGCUUUAGACUUUCACUACUGAGAUACACUGGCAGUUGACAGAAUAUUUGAUCACAGCUCAGAGAAACUGGCAGGUUUAUUUUUGGUUUGACAUGACAGUGGGAAAAAGCUGGAAUAAAAGUGAAUUUAUCAUAAACCAUUUCCACAGUGCUUGUUGGGCCACUCGAGUGCUGAAGAGCUGGGGGAAUUUGAGGGAUUUAUCCAAGUGGUUUGCUGACUCCUACAGCUCUGUUCUUGCAGUUUAACAGGAAAGCAGACCUGGGCCCAUGGCCUUAAUCUGAGAUACCUCUCCCACUGGCCAAAUCUGACAUCCUUGAGCUGACAGUGUGAGUUACAGCUGCCUUCAUCCUCUCUUCCAUCCUCUCCUAAUUUUGCUAUAUUCAGCUUAGAGAUGUGGCUCCCUUGAGCUCAAAGAAGUGAGGAUAAAAAACCCCCAUGGUUUCCAAAGAAUCACUGAACAGUUUGGGUUGGAAGGGACCUUAAACAUCAUCCAGUUCCAAACUCCAGCCAUGGGCAGGGACACCUUUUCAUGAAUGGUUGCUCCAAGUGUCCAACCGGCCUUGGAAAGGAAAGCUGAUGCA